AUGGUACGUACUGUACCUCUUGUUUCCGGCCUUCCUCUCCUCCAUGUUGAAGCUACAGCGGGAGCCCCAGGGUUCGCUCGUCCCACGCUGGGCCUCAACGUGUUCUGCGAGCCGGACUUGAAACAAAACCUAAAUCGCGCCGCGCUACCAGACAUGGUUAUUUCAUUGGGGCUGAGCGAACGAGUUUUACCGGAGUAUGUAUUCCAGCGUCUGCGAGCCUACCAGGAACCGCUGCAGCGAUUGCCAUCCGCACCGACUGUGCGCGCUGCCAGUCAACCACACACAAAACACAUCCCUUCUCUCUUCGGACUGUGUGACUGCGCCGGCGGGCGGGAUCGCACCUUCUUCGCCUUUCCAAGAAUGUUCGAUGCAUUCUUCUACGGCAGGAAGCACUCACUCCAAGGGGCUUGGUGUGUGGGGUGGUGCAAGAAAGCUAAGCUGGAUUUCCUAAAAAUAGACCCUGGAGAUCCUCGCGACGACGAUGCCCGCAGUGACGGUGAGGGUGAGGGUCAGCUGCCACUGCUACACGCGGCCAUCCCGCUGCCAACACCCAACACGCCUCCGACUCGAUCACUCCAAUGUGAUCAAAUGUAG